AUGCAAAUCAAGUCGAUUUUUGUUUGUAAAUGUGUUGUCGCUGAAGCAGAAAAUUUUGCUGAAGCAGACGAACGGGAGUUGUUUAUCGAACAAUUCGGACAGAUACAACCACGAGUCCAUGAUGACGGAUAUUACUAUGAUCCAUUGGAAGAAGACUAUUUGGAGGCAGAAGAUGAUGAAUAUAAGGAAGAAGAAGAAGAAAUUGAAGACAGUAGUGAGAAUUCUGAUGAACCUGAACAAACCUAUUCUGAUCAUGAUCUAGAACUCUUACCAUGCAGUUGGUCAACGAUGAUUCCAUUUAGAGAUGCAUUUUCGCUACAACCAUGGGAGUUGGAAUUAACAGAAUUGCUUCAGAACGAUUCUGACAGAUUUGUUAGACGACUGUACAAUGACGUCUAUAAUAUAACGUUGAAUUGUGAACUAGCGAGUAAAGUACCCGCGUUGUAUUAUAGACGACAUUUGUUUAGGCCAAUAUCAAAUUUGUUGGGUCGGCUUGAAGAACCCAACCGUCUGGGAGAUUUGGUCCGUGCAAAUUUUUUUUUGCUACACCUAUGA